GCUUGUGGUCAAGGGCCCCAUGAGCGCGGCGCCCCUGGUGGGCUACAGCAGCAGCGGCUCCGAGGAUGAAGCCGAGGUCGCCACUGUGGAGCGGAACAAACCGGGAUCUGGGGGCUACCGUUGUGGCCAGGACCUGGUUCCCAGCCAGAGGUUUCCAGUGCCUGACAGCGUACUGCGCAUGUUCUCCAGCACAGAGGAGGGGCCCGAGGAUGACAGUGCAAAGCAUGGGGGGCGCAUACGCACCUUUCCCCAUGAGCGGGGCAACUGGGCCACCCACAUCUACAUACCAUAUGAGGCGAAGGAGGAGUUCCUAGACCUGCUUGACGUGUUGCUGCCCCGAGCUCAGACAUUCGUGCCCCAGCUGGUGCGGAUGGAAGAGUUCCACCUCAGCCUGUCUCAGAGCGUGGUGCUCCGCCACCACUGGAUUCUCCCCUUUGUGCAGGUGCUCAAAGACCGCAUGGCCUCUUCCCAACGAUUCUUCUUUACUGCCAAUCGGGUAAAGAUUUAUACCAAUCAAGAGAAAACCAGGACCUUCAUUGGGCUUGAGGUCAGUUCAGGGCACGCCCAGUUCCUGGACCUGGUUUCAGAGGUAGACAGAGUCAUGGAGGAAUUCAACCUCACUACUUUCUACCAGGACCCCUCAUUUCAUGUCAGUCUGGCCUGGUGUGUGGGUGAUGCUCGUCUCCAGCUGGAGGGACAAUGCCUGCAGGAACUACAGGAAAUCCUGGAUGAAUUUGAAGACUCUGAGAUGCUGUUGCGUGUGCUGGCUGAGCAGGUCCGCUGCAAGUCUGGGAACAAAUUCUUCUCGAUGCCUUUGAAGUGAGCCUUGUGCCCUGCCUCUGUACAGGCCAACUGAGAUGGAGGAGCCUGAGGCCAUCUGUGGGCUAUCCUAGUCCCACAUUUGGCACUGUUCCAGCGGGCUGCUCGAACUCUUCGUGGUUCUGGUGAUAGGUUGGAGGGUGUGGCUGUGAUGUGGUCAUUUCCAGAAGUCACCAGUAGAGGGCAGCCUGGACCUCUAUUUCUUCGGCUAGUCGUAGGAAAAGAAAAUGAGCCUGACUGAGGAGCCCACACCAAACACACACAGUAUCCACUGAGGUCUCUCCACUUCAUCCACUGCCAUACUCUAUACUGAUGCCAUUGGCCAUC